CGUACGUCAGCGCGUCGCGCCGCGCCGUAAAGCGCGAGUCAGCGCCCUUCCGGCGGCUCUCACCUCCGCGCUUUGCGGCGGCGCCGUGCGGCAGCGGCGGUUGGCGCCUUUGUCCUGGCGGGCGGCGGCCUGAGGCGGAGCGGGCCCGGCGAGGCGAGUUGGAUUUGGAACGAAAGCAAAAUGGCCCGAGGACGCAAGAGCAAUAGCAUCAAACAGAGCGACUUCACUAACAGCACCAACCCUCAGGAUUUAGAGAGAAGACUUUUUGUCGGCAAUUUGCCCACAGACCACAUGACUCGUGAAGAAAUGGAAGAGAUAUUUUCAAAAUAUGGCAAAAUCAGGGCCCUCAGCAUGUACCAUGGCUAUGGGUUCGUGCAGUAUGACCGUCUAGAAGAUGUCCAGGCCGCUCUGGACGGUGAGAAGGGCCGCCUUUAUAAAGGGUAUAGAUUAGAUAUUAAUAAAGCAGCGGAAAGAAGAAAUAUGAAUAAGGCUUCAUCAAGGUCCAGUCCGGCACGAAGAGAGCCCUAUGCCUAUGGGGAUGGCCGCGAUAACAGACGCGAUCGCUCCCCUCUUCGGGGGAGCCCACGGAGAGACCCCAGAGAUGGCAGGGAUGGUAGAAACGGGCGAGAUUCCAGAGACACUCGAGAUAUUCGAGCCAGAGACAUUCGUGAUGCCAGAGACCACAGAGACCCCCGGGACCUGCGAGACCUUCGAGACCCCCGGGAUAUCAGAGAUCCAAGGGACUUGCGGGACCCUCGUGAUGUUAGAGAUUUUCGUGACCCACGGGAGCCGCUGUACGAUCGAUACAGGGAUCCAAGAGACAUGAGGAAUCCAAGAGACAUAAGGGAUCCACGGGACAUGAGGGAUCCACGGGAUAUGAGAGACCCUCGGGACCCCUUGUACAGACGAGACGAGCCUUAUGACCGUUACCUGCGCGUGGAUGACUACUAUCGGCGGAAGGACGACUCUUACUAUGACCGUUACAAAGAGCAUUUUGACAGAGCACCAGUGAAUUCAGAAGACCGUCUGAAGCGCGAGGAGCGCCGCCGAGAGGAGCUGUACCGUCAGUACUAUGAGGAAAUCAAGAGACGUUUUGAUGCUGAGAGACCUGUUGAUUGUUCUGUGAUAGUGGUGAAUAAGCAGACAAAGGAGUACGCGGAGUCAGUGGGGCGGAAGGUGCGGGAUCUGGGCAUGGUGGUGGACCUGAUCUUCCUCAACACAGAGAUGUCACUGACACAAGCCCUGGAUGAUGUGAGCAGAGGAGGAUCUCCUUUUGCUAUUGUCAUCACUCAGCAGCAUCAAGUUCAUCGUUCCUGCACUGUUAACAUCAUGUUUGGCACCCCACAAGAACACCGUAACAUGCCCCAGGCUGAUGCCAUGGUGCUGGUGGCCAGGAAUUAUGAGCGCUACAAAACAGAGUCACGGGAGAAGGAACGUGAGGAGAUUGCCCGGCAGGCUGCCAAGAUGGCAGAUGAGGCUGUUCUGCAGGAGAGAGAGCGCCCGCCCCCCAUGGAGGAGGGGGCCAGAGGGGGCCACCCCCACCCUCCGGGCAUUCAGACUCUGUUGAACCUUCUGGCAGACAAUCGCUAUCUAACUGCUGAGGAGACUGAUAAAGUAAUUAAUUACUUGAGAGACCGGAAGGAAAGGUUACUGAGGGGGAGCACUGAUUCUCUGCAGGCACCCAUGUCAAGACCAUCUCUGGGAGCACCUUCAGCACCAUCUCUGGGCAGUCAGUCCAGCCUUCCAAGCUCGCAGACUCAUCAGGGUUCACAGCCUCUGGUUUCUGCUCCCUCUGUUCCAGCAUCCUCUGCUAAUCCUCAGCAGGAGCUGCAGGCAAAAAUUCUCAGUCUCUUCAACAGUGGGGCGGCAGCAGCAGCUGUAGCAAACAGCAGUUCUGCACCCGCUGUGGGCACGUCGGGUGGCACUCCCAGUCAGAACUUCACUAACAUGACCAGCAAUCAGGCCCGAUCAGCACAGAUGAGUGCUGGAAAUUUAAACCAGGCUCAGCAGAGAUUGCAAACUCCAAACACGCAGCUUCCUUCUCUCCAAGGCCCUUCAAGAAAUGCAGGUCCAAGACCUGGAGCUCCUCCACCAGCUCAGUCACUUUAUGGUCAGCACCAGAAUCGUCUCCCUGCGCCUGGCACUGUACCUGCCCAAAGGCCAGUAUCGUCUGGUAUCAACUUUGACAACCCUAGUGUACAGAAAGCCUUGGACACCCUUAUCCAGAGUGGUCCUGCACUCUCCCACCUAGUGAGUCAAACAGUGGCCCAGGGGCGAGCGGGGUCAUCUACCCAGCAACCUAUGGGCUCCUACCAGCGACACUAUUAAAGCUGAGCUGUCAAACCCUUUUCCCUAUCCUUUGUCAUUCCAUAUUUCUAGCUGUUUAAAGAAUCUCCUGUCCUUGACAUGGGACAAAUGCCCCUGGAUAUGCAUGUCCUCUCCACUUCGUUGAGAGUGUACUCCCAGUGGCAUUGCUGCUGAGUGUUACUAGUGCUGCCCUUCCUCACCUUGGUCUGGAUAGCAGUGUUUGGAGAAGUCUCUUCUGUUUUCUCAGUGGCAGGAUAUGCAGAGAGCCACUUUGGGUAUUCACUUGUUCUGUUCCAGCCCAGGAGUUGCUGCAGUGGCAGUCCUACAUUUUCCUCACUCCUGUGAAUGGGUGCACCUUCACAUUGUGGUGCAUUCUGGUCUUAGUAUGGAUUUGGGCCCAUUUUUGGGAAUAUGAUGUAAGACUGAGAAGAGCAGUACCCUGAUUGGGCCUUCUUGGGGUUGCAGGUUUUUGGAAUGGACACUGUUUGUUUGCUUUUCUUUUCUUUUUUUCUGUUAUUUCUUUUUCUUUCAAUGCCAUGUAAGCCAGUUUCAGAGGGAAAUGCAGAGAUAGCACUAGCAGCUGAGCUCACAUGGCAUGUGGCUGACUGCUGUUCUAUAAGCCAGGACAGUGCUGUGUAGUUCUGCAGCUGGGCUGUCCUGUCCUGGCACAGCGAGGCUGGCAAAAGCACCUCACCUUGCCUGGCGUAUGGGAACUGACAGUUUUGUUCUGACUGCAAUGGAGGAUCUGAAAUGGGAGAUCUUCCAGCCAAGGCAGAGAUUUUUAAAUGGUCUAUUGAUAAAACAGAAUCAAUCCUGUACCCACGUAGUCAAUUUUAAGAUCGGUCUAUUAAAUUUCAUGUAUAAAUUUCCUUUCCUUAUAAUCUUGCUUUGGGACAGUUGGUUACGUUGCCCAGCAGCUCAGCCACAGCCACGCUGAUGUGCUGCUGGACCUGUCUGCAGCCAGUUCCCAGGUGGUCAAUGUCUGCUCUCUGAAACUUCAUCUCGGUUGCUGUUUUGUCCAUCUCAGGUGGGGAGGCAGUGCCAACAUGCAAUACUAUAAUUUUAUAUGUUCUUUCAACACUUUGAUAGCUGCAGUGGGCAGUUGAGUGGAUCAGGCAGUGAUACUUCACCGUGUUUUUAACCAGUAACAUACUUUGAUACCAGAAAACAAAACUUCUCUAACCAUGCGGUCCUUCUUUGCACAGCCUUCUUGGAGUCUGUGGGCUUUCCUGCAGAACUAAAAGAUGCUAAGAAAGCAAUGUUCUUGGAGCAGAGGAUUUUCUUGUCCAAGGUGGUUUGUGUUGUAGCAUUUUUUUCUCUCUGUGCUGUUAAUGAAAGGACGUUACUUUUUAAUAAAAAGGCAGGAAAAACAUUUUGUUGCAUUUUUUAUGCUUAACAGUUUGAGUACUGCUGGAAUGUGUUAUUCCACUGCUUCGCUUGUUCUGCUGCGUUUGCUGUUACUCUCUCCCAGGUAAGUGCUUCAGACAUUGCCCAGUGCUGGAUGCAAACCAUACUGUGCCCUUCUGUGAGAGUAUUUUGGUCUGUCUCAGUUUAUCAUGCUUUGGUUUUAAAAUACUUCUCAGGUGCUUACUGUCAUUCAGUGGACUCAGAACUCGGAGUUAGAAUAGUUUGCUAGCUCACAAGUUUCAACGAGCUUCAGUGGGACAAAAUCACAAUGUAGGUGAUAGAUAUAUUUUAGCAAAGCUUUUGAUACUGCUUUGGACGGAAAGCACUCGUCUGGUUGUGUGCAGGGCAUCAUAAGAAGGGUGAGCAGUCGGCUGACAUUGAGCUCAGAGGGUCACAUCAGGCUGGCAGCCCCUGCUGGGGCACCGCUGGGCUCUGUUUUAUGGCCAGCUCUCCUCAGCAUCUUUGUGGAUGCAGUGGCCCCAGCACUGUGCAUACAAAGUGAUGCUGAAUCUGAACAGGAGCUGUUGUGGUCCUCAAGGGUGGAGAGUUCUUGUAGCGUGAUCUGCCAAAUGAACGUGCUGGGCAGUCGCCAGCCAGGUGGGGGGAGCAGCAGGAGCUGUGUGCUGUGCUGUGCUGUGCUGUGCUGUGCUGUGCUGCACCCGCGUGGGGCAGCGCUGGGUCUGCAGACAGCAGUGAGAGCUGUGUUACUGAAACAGGAGCCCAGGUGCACAAUAACGCCCUGCGAGCUAAUGAGAGCUUCCCAUGCAAGUAGUGAAGGGUGUAAUAAAAUCAUUUAUUGCAUUUUGUGCAGACAGGAGUCUAGAAAAAUGAAUACAGGUAAAGCAGUAAAGCAUUAACAGGGAGCAUUCAACAGCUGAGGAGCCACUCCUCCAUUAAUAUCUGCACAGAGAACACAGGGUCUGUACUGAGGCGGCCUAAUGCACAAUAAUACUGAAACGGUCACAGAAAUUAAAUGCAAACCUAAUACUCUUUUUUUUUCUUUUUGUUUGAUUUUUUUUUUGUUGUUUUUUUUUUGUUUGUUUGUUUGCAACCUAUUUACAAGGUUUUAAACUGAAUUGCAUUGCUCUGCACACAGAUAUUUCUAAAACAAAGCAUACUCGGUCACUACGUGUCUAUUGAAGUAUUGCACUUGAAUAAAAGUCACUUGAAUGGACGCA